CAGAGCUGUACAAUCUUCCACAGCAACUUGUUGCUUGGUUUGGACGAAAUGGUUCCUGAUCCGAGUUGUAUAUAUUUUAGGAAAUGUAGAAAAUAUAAAUGUGCAAAAGAAAGGAAUUUAAACUUACUUUAGCAUCAAAACUACAUUGGUUUGCUUUCGCUUUUCUCCGUGGGUUUUUUGAAAGUGCGAUCGGAGAACAAGAUUCAACCCGGUUCUUUUUCCCAUUUGGAAAGAAACUCAUCCGAAAUUAUGCCCGAAACGUUUGGCGGGUCCUCGAACUCGUCGGGAGGACCGUCCGGGCCCUACCAGUCUUCUAUGGGCACCUCGAGCUCCUCUUCCUCCAGUACUGCCGGUACCGCCGACCGGUUUCUCCCGGCCUCGGUGAGCGACAGCGCGCGCAUGAUGUUCCACGCUGGGCAAGCCGACUUGAUAUGGAUUGCAAAUGUGUCUGGGGCUGGAAGAUCGCGAGACUUGUCAUGCUAAUCUGGCAUGACUCUAAACUCUGUAUUGCGUGACAGCGAAACGGUCCUCUUGCCUGUCAAGCAAAAACCCAGUUUCUCAUCCGGAGUACGCAACUCAGAACCAUGGAAAACGAAAAACUUGUCAUACUUGCCAGCGCAUUACAGUGCGCUCACUAUUCCCUUUCUUGCAUCACAAGUUUCCAGACCCAGACAUAGUUGCAAUGCAUACUUGAACAGUGGCGACCAUUUGUUGCCGAAGACAGACUACUAUCAACUGCAAAAAUGUCUGGGUCUGGAAGAGUGGAACUUGUAAUGCUGUCUUUGGAUUCUAAAAAUAUGUGUUGCAUGAGCAGCAAGAGGAGUCCGGUUUGUCCUACGUGGAGAGGGCAUUUCUCAUGCGGAAUAGGCAACAGGAAGCCCUCCAAAAGUCUGUGAUGCUAGGCCAUGCGUUACAGGUAUCACGGGUCAUGCAAAAUAUGCAUGACAAACCUCGCAAUCUUCCAGACCCAGACAUUUUUGCAUUUGAUAACUACGAGCGGGCGCUCGCGGAGAACUGCCUCGGGAAGGGGCAGCUGCAGGACAUGGAGAGCGAGCGCAUCCUGGCGUAUAGCAAGAAGCCGCCGCCCCCGGCGCAGACUGGACUGGACGAGAUGCGAGUGGUGUAUACAGUGGCGCGGAACGCGACCAGAAACCCCGCGGCGAGCACGGUGGGCGCCGACCGAGUGAUCCCCACCACCGCAUUUCGGACCCUCGACGCGCCCGACUUAGUGGACGACUUCUACCUCAACCUGCUUGACUGGAGCAGCCAAAACGUGGUCGCGGUCGCCCUUGGCGGACUUGUACUAUUUACAUGCUUUAUGCAAUAUUAUCGUGGUUGCUAGUGAUGUUGUAGCGAAUGUUCAGGUAUGUUGUGCGACGUAUUGAUUUACAUAAAAAAUCCACUCUACUUCGGCACAAAGAUGUUGAAAGAUGGCACCAUCCCUCUUGUCAGGUCUACCUCUGGAACGGCAACACAGCGUCCACGACAGAGCUUUGUAGUUUACUAUUACAAUGAAAAAUGCCCCCUCCCCAUAUCAAAACGGAAAUCUGUGAUGCAGAUUUGUGGUCACAAAUCAGCUUUGUGAUGCUAGAAGGCAAAAGAUGCGGACUGUAGUGCUCCCUAGCGUGGGAAAGCCUUGCAGCUUCAGGGUGACAGGAGGCAACUGGAAGUGGGAAACAGCAUGACAGAUUGCCGGCAAUUUAGGCCGCAGCUUCGUCUCUUGGCCUUCUAGCAAUACAAGUCGAUUUGUGUACUCAAAUACAGCAUCACACAUUCGCGCAUCUUCCGUUUCCGAUAUGGGGUGGGGGCUUUUUUCACUUUGAUAUUUACCGGAAGAUACCGACACCUACUUCACCAGUGUGCGGUUCACCAUAUCGCGAGGAAAAAUCCCCCCUCCCCAUACUGAAAAUGUAUAUUUUUGAAAAUUUGUGAUGCUGAUUUGUGGCCACAAAUCGCGUCUGUUUUGCAAGAAGGCAAACCCAGAAGGCCCCCCGAAUUCCGCCGGCUGUUUGUGAUGCUGCUGGGCCUACAUCAUGGACUUUUGUGAUGGUGAGCGCCUAGGCCAAAACCUCUCCACUCCGGCUUGAUAUGGGCCUGCAGUCCUCUACUGCAAGACAGGGCUGAUUUAUGUACGCAAAUCCAGCAUCAGAAAUUUCGAUUGUAUAUCGGGAGGGGUUUUUUUCCCUUUCGAUUCACCAAAGACGGAAAUCACUUGGCAUUGGGACUCUCCGACAGCACCACACAGCUCUGGGAUCUCGGUACUGGACAAAAGUAAUAGUGAAGUUCUUUUUGUCUUCUUGCAGCAUACAUAAUGGAAACAAGCAUUCAGUGUGGUAGUAGUCCACUGUGGUCGUCAAAUAAUCACUAUAAACUUCAGAAGCCGCUUUUCCCGUGAAGAGUACAGGUCGCAUCAAAGAUAAAGCUUAAGCUAUAGAAAUAAGUGCUUGAACUACAACUCGUGGAGAUGAGGACUUCGAGGGCUAAAGCUGUUCCACCUAAAAUUGUUUCGUCCAAAACUACAGGUAAGAGCAAGCAGCUGCGCGCCUUCCGCACCCAUUCCGCCCGCGUGGGUGCUCUCGCGUGGAACGGGCCGCUUUUGUCCACGGGAUCAAAGGAUUUCGAGAUUCACAGUAUCGUAAGGAAAAAUUCCCCCUCCCCAUAUUGAAAAGGUAUGUUUCCGAAAAUUUGCGUUGCUGAUUUGAGGUCACAAAUCACAUUUGUCUUGCAAGAAGACAAGGGCAGAAGCUUUCGCCCCAUUAGGGAAGCGAUUUGCCACGCUGUUGAGCCUAAAGGGGAUCCGUUUGCCAUGCUGAACAACUAGACCCAUACGCCUCUACCUAGCCUGGGGAUCUGGCCGCAGUGCCUCUCUGCAAUACAGAGCUGAUUAGAUUUGUGUGCACAGGUCAAGCAUCAGAAGUUUCGUUUUGAUAUGGGGAGGAGGGAAAUUUCCUUUUGAUUCACAACCACGACGUUCGCGUCCGGGAGCACCUGGUCGCCAAAAUGGGCGAGGGGUUUCACCUAUCAAAUGCAAAAAUGUCUGGGUCUGGAAACUUGCAAUGCUAAAAGUGGAUGAUAGCCGGAUUGCAAUACGCAGCCAAGCAUGAAAAAUUUUUGAGCUGCUAUGUGCUGCGUAUUCCGCAUGAGUAGAAACAACGUUUUUACAUGACAGAUAGGAGAGCCAUUUCGUGCCCAUGCAUCACAGAUGCUCGAGUCAUGUCAGACAUGCAUGACAAAUGUAAGAAUCUUCCAGACCCAGACAUAUUUGCAAUGCAUAUCACCAGCAAGAGGUCUGCAGUUUGGAGUGGUCGCACGACGGGACGUGUUUAGCGUCGGGCGGAAACGACAACGUGAUCUGCCUCAUAUCCACUGCAAAUAUGUCUGGGUCUGGAAAAGUGGAACUUGUAAUGCUAGCUCUACAUUCCUGGGAAAUCUGUGUUGCAUAACCAACAAAAGUCGCAGCCUCUUUUGUCAUGCAAAAACGCAGUUUUUCAUGCGGAUUGCCUAUGAGAAAGCGUUUUGGGAAGUUGUCAUGCUGGGCCGCAUUCGGAAGUGUUUUCAUCAUGCACAUUUUAGCGUCACCGCCCAGACAUAUUUGCAUUUGAGAGCUCACGGACGAAAACAAUCUUUCCGUGCCGCGUUUCCUGCUGUCCGAGCACCGCGCGGCGGUCAAGGCCCUGGCCUGGUGCCCCUGGCAGCGGAACCUGCUGGCCAGCGGGGCGGGCAGCAACGACAUGCGGAUCCGGUUCUGGCACGCGAACACCGGCAUAUCAAAUGGAAAAGUGUCUGGGUCUGGAAGAGUGUAAACUUGUCAUGCAGGUUUUUCAUGACCCAUGAGGUUUGGAAUGCGGGACCCAGCAUGACAGAGUCUGUGAGGUCUCUGCCAUGCCUAUCCUGCAUGAGAAACUCCCUCCAAACUUGGUCGAAAGUGGACAGCUUUUGGCACUCGUGCAGCACAGAUUUCUCGAUGAUUCGGAUCUAGCAUGACAACUUUCAAUCUUCCAGACCCGCCAGACAUUUUUGCAAUCCAUACGGCACGUGCGUAAACGAAAUUCUCACAGACAGCCAGGUCACGCAGCUGCGGUGGAGCACGGCGGACCGCGAGAUCGCCUCCUCGCUAUGCAAGGCAGGAGUAUCGUAUUAGUACGAAUUAUUGCAUUACAAAUUUAUCCAGAAGAAAAAGUCGAAUUUGUGAUGCUGUUGUAGCUAAAAGGCGAGAUCUGUCAUGCAAUCUUGCGAUUUGCAGCGAGUUGCACGAGUAUCUACGAUACUGUUGCAAUGCAUACUCGCACGGCUACAGCAAGAACCAAAUUUGCGUGUGGCAGUACCCCAGCUGCGGGAAGCUGGCGGAGCUCGCCGGGCACACGAGCCGCAUUCUGUGCAUGGCGCAGUCGCCGGACGGGAGCACGCUGCUCACCGCGGGCGGGGACGAAACCCUGCGGUUUUGGAAGGUUUUCGCGCCGGAACGGAGCAACGUGCCGGUGAAGCCAAAGGCUACUACGCUGGACAACUUUUCGGGCACAAAGAUGUCGUCUUUGAAGGGGAUCAGAUGACAUUUUUCUCACGGGUUUACAAUUUCCAAAAACAUCAGCAGUACUACUCAGGUCGUUUGAUCCUGUUGGUACUGCUGAAGAAUCUUCGAAGUUUAUUUACAAUAGACUCUACAAAUGCAACUUAUUUGUAAGAAAGUUGGGACCACCAGCAGCAGCUUUUGGAGCGGCUCAUGGUCGUGUGCUGCGGUCAUGAGCAGGAACGAUCCGGCCGCGUUGAUAUUUGUUGGGAAUACAAUUUGAUGAACCAACCUUGCGCAAAAUGUACAUCGCUUGAUCCAGCCCUUGCACGACAUCAGAACAGAG